ACCACACAUAGCAAACAAGUGAAAAUUGUAGGCAGGGCAACGAAAAAAAAAAGAAAUGCAAAGGAAAACCUAAAAAAAAAAAAGAAAAUCGCAAACUAAGAACUAAAAACCGAAAGCUAUAAGCAAAACAAAAUGGUAAAAGAACAAACUAGUGCGGACAGAAACAGAUACAUACUGCAGAUACAGAUACUUUGUAUAUACGACCGCUUUCAGUUAACCAACCACCGCCUGCGUUUCCAACCCUGUGCAUUGCCAAAAGCUGUGCCGCUCGAUUGAUCAGUAGUGCUAGUGCUAACAGUGCCCCAAACCAUGCUGUUCUUCAAGCGGUAUCUCGAGAGGUCGCAGCAGGUGGCCGAGCACUUCGAGAGCUCCCGAGUGCCGUGCUACAUCAAGAUGCGUGACCUGCCAGCGCCACCGGUCGUGGAUCACUGUCGCGACCUGAUCCUGGCCAGCUGUGCGCUGCGGUUCAUGCCCUACACCGAGGACUGGAUAGUCGUUGAGUACUUUGCCGACCACGACAGCGAUUAUCUAGUAAGCGUGUCCCCUUGCCUUCUUAUCGACGGAACUCACCCACCCACUAACCCAAUCGUGUGUGCAUGUUGUACCCCCUAUUCUUGAUUACAAUUCAAGUGGAUCAGUCAAGUGAUCAGCGCGCUAUCACCAUCGUUCGAUUGCUCUCUCCUUUCUUAUCUAUGCGGCGUUGAGCUAAAUUUGUCAUUAGAUGUGUCACAUUGCUCUGGUUCUUGGUCUUGUGUGGUACAGUGAUUACAUGGGGAAUUCACUGUAAUCAGUGCAAUCCGGAAUGCGAGUGCAACUGAAUAUGGAAAUGAUUGUCUCCCAGGGCUUCAAGGGGGCAGGGCACUUGAGAACUCGGCAGCAUGAGUUGUAUGUUGUCGCUGAUAAGAUAGUGCUUAUAAUAAGGUAACUCGGUUGAGCAAGGCCUUUGAAAAGUGUUGAAAUACGGAAAACUUAAUUAGAGCAUGGGGAAAUGUAGUUGUUACGUUAAGAAAUCAAUAUUUUGUUUGUAAUUCAGAGACUGACAAUUGAAUUAGGCAUGAUAACCCGCCUAAUGAAUCACCCAUGAACUCGGAAUAUUAAAAACACUUGACACAGUAAUUACAUAGAAUUAUUAAGCUAUAAAGUAAGUGGCGGAAGAAUAUUUAUUAUUCUGGAAGCCUAGAAUUAAAAGAGACAAAGAGAUAUUAUUCAUCAGCUGUAAAAAGGAAUUUAUAUAGAGCAGUUAAGCGAAACCUUGGCCAUAUACAAGUGAAAAUUAAGCAAUUUCUAUGCAAUCUUCGCGUAUGAAAAACAACUCUUAAUUAAACGAGAUCUUUAUAGUUCCCAUCCACUGUUGGUGGUUCUUUAUAGUGUUCCCCCGUGUGCCCAACACAACCCGCUGUUCUAGUUAUUUUCGUUCAAUUGAUCAUUUGACAUUAACUCGUUGACGGCGGCCAGAGUUUUCCUUUCUGCUCUGCGAUCUGAUGAGAUGAGAUACUGCUGCUGCUGCUGCUGCGGCUGCUCCUCGCCAGCUUUGCCAGUUGCCCAUGUCGCCGCCAAUUAAGUGGGCUGAGUAACUCGCAUAGAAUUCCACUGCGCGUCAUCGUUUCGAGCCGCCAAGAUUCAGUAUUUUAGGCAAUUGGAGCAGCAGCUCAUCAUCCGCAAUGGCUGUGGCCUGGAAAAGCAGCUGGACGGGCAGCAGGAGCAGCCGGUGGAGGAGGAGGGAUUCCCCGGCGAUGGCGAGAGCGUGGCCAUAACCCGCUGCCUGAUGCUCAAGCGGCAGCGCAACCACUUCGAUCUGGUGGCCCUCUGCGACAUGCCCGUGGACAAGUAUGCCGGCGACAAUUGGAUCGUCGAGGAGUACUUUGUGGACCACAAUGACGACUAUCUAGUGAGUCACUCUGUAAUUCAGAUUCUGAGAUUGUCGGCGAGUAUCUUGUGUGGUUGGCCCUUCCGCUCUUUAAUCCUCUACAGAAUCAUACAUGUUGUACCAAAAUAAUAGCACUGCUUUGUAAACUUAUGUUACUAAUAGCUUUUUUUUUAGGUUUGCUUAAUGUUUUGAACUACAUUUUGUUUUAUUUUGUGAAAUAUUUAUUUGCUUAGACUGGCCAGCCGGUUUUUCCUGAUUGACUCAAAUCAAAUGCCUUUCCUUUCCGUAUUCCCAGAAUUUCCCUCAAUUAAAAAGUUAUAUCUGGAAAUUAUGGUAUGAUCUAUUGGCAAUGCUAUUAUUUUGACCGCCGCUAUAUACACCGAAUUUACACGGGGCUCACGCUCCCUGUCUGUACUCCCCUGUAUAUAUGCAUUCGUAUAUAUAUUCAUCGGUUCCCGAGAGCGACGCCUUGGGGAUUCCUCUCCAUGCUGUGCGCAUGUUCCUCCUCUAGACCACGGCGCACAGCUGAUGGUGCCUUCUCGGAGAUGCGCGCGCAGCUUCAUCCGAGGGAAAACAUCUUGUUCUUGGGCCGUUUGUGUUUGCCAUUUGCUCGAAAAACCAUUGGAAAAUUAUAAAUACACGCGCCGCUGAAAAGUCUGCGCUCUGCUCUGCCGCGAACACUUUUCGGCUGAGAAUUUUCAAAAUCGAGGAAACCGAAACAGAUUGAAAUCUUCGUUUGUUGGCUGUGUGUCGCCGCCACUGCUGCCAUAUAAACUAUAUAUUGUCGUCGCCUCGUCUUCGUCGUGUAAGCGGUACGGGGAUCCCCCUGCCUUCCCUUAAACCCCGAAUCCCCACAGUUCCACCGAUCUUUACAUCGACCGUCGUCGUCUCCUUUCGCGCACUUUGUUUACCCGAUAAUAUCUAGUGUGUGUGCGUUUUGUGUUUUUGGUAUUUUUUUUUUUGUCUCAGGAACACCAAAUAAUCGAAUAGAACACAAUAUUUAGAGGUACAUACUGGGCGUAUGUGUAAUAUAGAAACGCAUUUUGGUCCGUGCCGAGAAGGUGGAAAGAAACGCAAUCCCACAAACAAUUGCUGGGCACCGUGACAUAAUCAGCCGAAAAAAACAAAAAACAACCCAAAACCUAAAAGAACAUUUAAGUGUUUUAAAAAUAAAACAGUAGCAGCGGUCCCAAAACGAAAAAAAAACAUCAAACAAAACACAAAAAGUGUUGAAUAAAAAGUGCGCGAUAUUCUUCGGCAUACUUUGUUUAAACAAAACACGAUGCAAGAUACCAGAGCCAAACUGUUUUAUUGACCCCCCGCCAACGGCGGCGAGUAAAUAAUUUGGAAUAAUAUAAAAUAUGGGAUCAGAUGAGCAGCUGUGAAACGUCCAAAAUGCUGAUAGUGAACUUUGCACUUUUCCAUCAAGUUUGCAAUUAGCUGAGCGAAAGAUACUUUUAAUAGAAGCAGCGGAUGGAUAGAGGAGGGUAAUGCAACAGUCACACACUCGAGUGCACAGAAAGAAAUUGGCAUAUCGUAUCAUAGAAACUCAUUCUUAUAAAAGAGUGCCUUAAUUGCAUAGAAGCUGUUAAGCUAACCAAACCCUAACUGGAGGUUAAAAAAUAUAUUUUAUGAAUACUUUUUGGUUACCAUUCAAAAGUGAUGGUAUAUUUUUUCUGUGUACUCCGAGCUGAAGGAGAAGAAGACAACGCAGCGGCCAAGCAAAUCAAAACAAAAACUCAAAACUAACAAAUGGAGCACACACGUGUGUGUCCGUUAGUGUGCGUGUGUGUGCCACAUAGAUACAAACUAUAACUAUACAGUUUCGUACAUAUAUAUCUGUGCGCCACAGAUCGGCGGGGAUUAUUCAUCAGGCUGCCACAUCAUCAUCAUGUUGAUCUGCGCCGCUGCUGCCCUCCAUCCUCUAUCCUCCACUUUCCGCUUAGCUGGCGUUUUCUAUAAUUUUCGAAAGCUAUUUUCGUAAGGCUUGCAUUUAUAUUUAGUUGCCACAACAAACUUAUAGCGAAAAUCCAAGAUACAAACUUGUACAUGAUACAAUUUUUGGCCAUAUGAUGCGAACCAAAAUAAAAGUCAACUGGGGUGGAAAACUUUUCCCCCUUAGGUUUUUCCAUCUUGUAUACGUCUGUGUGUGCGUUUUCUUUCGGUACAGUGAAAGCUAAGCCGGAGAUCAAUCAAAGAUCACAAAACUAAUGGAAAACUAAAAGUGAAUUAAAAAAGCAAUCAACUCGAAUGUGGGAUUAUUGAAGAUCAGAGAUGUAUCUUGGAUACAUUAGGCGCGUGAUUUUAAUUAGCAUGGCUGGCCGAGGUUUCACUGUACCGCCGGCACUAGCGUCACACGUACUGUGUACUAGGUAUAACCGCCCGGCUGCGCCAAUUUACGUGCGUCGUCGUCUAUUCGUUAAAAAUAAAAACAGAUUUCGAACGGAACACAGAAAGACAGGGGCGCAGAGAUGCCCAAUGAACCCCACCGAGAUAUCACACAUCGGCCAAAACGAUCUCUCCAGGGAUACUCUCAUAUAUAUUUUCACAUCGCAAUAUAUCUGGGGCAAGGUGCAGGUCUUUUGGCUAGAAUCGCAAAGGGGCACAGGGGUUUUCUUCUUCUAUUCGGUGAGGCGGCGCCGCGAUCAAUGAGCUCAUUGCUGUUUACGAUUUGUAAUUUGUAUGUGCCCUGUGCUCUAUAUACCAAAACAAAUUGGGGGUGCUAUAUACAUAUGCUGUGUCGGAUGUAUAUGGGCGCCAAAAGAAAAAGUCUUUGGUCGAAUGACGACCGACCAUUGGUACUUGGUAAUUAGUAAGUCAAGUCGUCGGGCAUUUGCCAAAAUGCCAAUGAGACAUUGACAUUGAGCGUGCGAUCGAUUGUUCCGAUCCGAUCUGAUACGUUCCGAAUAGAACUGAAUACGAACUGAUCCGAUUUGGCGCAGGUUUCCUUUGGGGCCAGCGUUGACAGCCUCGCGAGUCUCGCCCAGCUAGUCGAACCCAACGCAAUUCGAGGGAAACGCCAGUGCAAUAUUAGAUAAUCGAGUACUUUUUUUUUCCCUUGGGAUCCAGAAAGAUAGAAAACUGACAAGGUUUUGGAGAGAGAUCACCACAUCCCCCAGCCCACGGAAUGUCCAACGAACUCAGUGAAAUGAUCGCCCUCGGCUGUCCGGAUCUAACGGCACAGAAGCCAGCGGGCGGAAGCACCCAGGUGGAGUUGAUCCUCAACACGGAACGUCGCCUGAGCAUAAAGCAAAUGACGGCCACGGAUUUGGCCUCUCUCCGGGCAGCAGCCGCCGCCGAAGCUGAGGCACGAGCUCGGUCGCAGGCGGAGGCGGAAGCUCGGGCCAUUGCCCAGGAACAGUUGCGACAGGCCCGCGAGGCCGAGUCGAAGGCCAGAGCACGUGCUGCCCUCGAGGUGCAGGCCCAGCUGCAGCGGGUGAUGGAGAGUGAGAAGCGCCGAAAGCAAGAGGAGGAGGAGCAGCGAGUCAGAGAUCAAGCACGGGAUGAGGAGGAUGAGGAUGAAGACGAGGAGGAGGAAGAGGAAGAGGAUCUGGCCAAAGGUUCUCUGCCCUCCAAUUCAGGACCUAGGGAACGCAUUGCCUCGCUGCCCAGCAACAUUGACGACGCCAUGGAGAUGCACCUGCUCAGCGUAUCCCAGCCCAAGGCCUCGUCCAGGGACGACUCGCCGCCCCAGAAGAGCACCUCCCACAUAGCCGACUCUAUUGAGCUGCUGCGCAUGCAGCGCGCUGCUCGUGAUGCCCGUUCCCAUAAUCGCACCCGCGAGAGAUCCAUUUCGCCCGAGCGAAAUCACGAAAGGAGCGCUGCUCCCGAUCGCCUCCAGAGCUCAGCCAGCAUGAGCAGCCUGGACUCGGCCAGCGUCAGUGCCUCGGCUUCAAGGCAGCCCAGUAAGGCAGCCAGUCGACGAGGCAGUACCUCGAGUGCCACCGGCGUGGAACCACCGCCCGUGGCAGCAGCUCCUCCUCAGGCAACUAAAUUUCCACUCACCAAGACGGUUUCGGCGCCCAAUGUGAUGAACCGACGGCGGAGCAGCCUCACCUCACUGUUUCCUGGUCCCUCGCCUUUGGUGGCGCCCGAGCCAUCGCUACAUACCAAUCCCGAUCCAAAGAUUCAAGAGCAACUAGAAGAGGACCAUCGUCGGCGGAGAAUGGAUGAUGGUUAUCGUGAGAUACCCAGCGGAAAAAUGGUGCACCGCACCAAGACACCUCCCCCGGUGGGCACCAAUCUGGGCGUAAGCCUAAAGCGGGUGACAGCGCCCAGUGGGUCGAUAACCAUCAAGCCCAAGGAGUCACCCAUGCUGGGAGUCGUUCUCCGGAGAGUGGAAAAGAAAACAGUGCCGCAGAAGAGCAUUCUGGACGACGAUAAGCCACUGUACCACUUUUCCAUUGUGCGCAGCGACCACAAGGAACAUGUGCCUGCCCAGAAACCGAAACCCAAGCCUGCUCCUCCAGCUGCUAAGCCAAGUCCUGGUGGCAUCCUCACCGGACCUCAAGUGAUCCGCAAUGCGCCCAAGCAACCUGUGCCCGUAAAGCCGCAACGUCCCAUGCCCGGCGUUCCCAUCACCAUUACCAAGAUCGAGGGCGACAAGAUCAUCAUCAUUAAGAAGAUCGUUGUGCCGAAGAACAGUAAGAUACCGGAGCAGUAUCUGCAGAUGAGUGAAGAUGCCGGCAAGCCAGCAAUUACAGUGCCCCCAGCGGUUUCCUCCUCCGCCGUCGCCGCCCAGUCAUCGAAUCUAAGAACUAAAGAGGAAUCCCAACCAGCCAUGCAGAAACCGACGCCUCCGCCGGUCAGCAGUGGCCAGCAGUUCUUCCAGGUGGUCUCACCGCAGUUCGCCUCGGUGUUGUCGUCCAGCAUACCGGAGAGCAAGUGCGCCGUGCGCUCACCGAUCUCCUCACCACUGGCCAUUCGGAAGAGUCGUCCACCGCUGCUGCCGGCGAGUCCAAAGUCUACGCCUCCGCUACCAAGAAAGCAUCAUCCGCUGGCCUACAAUGCAGCCACGGGAACGAUCAGCAGCGCCUCGGCAGCGGCCUUGCCCUCCCGUUUAAUGGCCACCAUUGCCUCGAGUCCGGCAUCGAGUAUAUCGCUGUCCUCCUGCAGUUCACCUUCGUCGUCUCCACCACCGCCAGUACCAUGUCGUGCUCCAAAGAAUGCCAGCAAACCCGCUUCUGCUGUGCCUUCCGCUGCUCCUCCACCCGCCAAUGAAAUCAGCCUGGAUAAGUUACUACAACAGCAACAGGAGCUGGAGGAGAAGUCAGCGGCAGCCACGAACAGCGCCAAGCUGGAUGCGAAUUUCUACGAUGCCGAGAUCGAGAUGAUGAACAAGUAUCUGAAGAGCCUGCCCGACUACAGUGAGCUGGACAGGAAGCUGCACCAGGAGUUCCAGGAGUGCGAAGAUCUCUACGACAGGAUCAAGCGCCAGCAGCAGCCGCUGACCAAGUCAAAUUCACAGCAGUCGGUGACGAAGACUGCACCAGGAGCAGGAAUGCCGGUCAUAUCCUCGGGCUUGUCCAAGUCCUCGUCUAUAAACUUUGCCCAGAAUCCCAGCAGUCGGGGGCCUGCUCCACGUAUGGCCUAUCCCUCUAUAUUUUCACAAUCCGGAGGGGAACCCAAACUGCAGCGCAGCAUUUCCAGCUCGAAUAUGCCAUUAAGUACGCCAACUCCAAUGCGUCCGCUGCCCUCUAAGAAUGGAUUGCAAAGUGGCUCCAAUCUGUCCCUAAACAAACAGUUGAUGAACGAAUUCUGGAGCGAGAAUCUUACGAGUUCCCAAAAGCGGCAGACACCAAAGCGAACUUUUUGGAACUACGAGAAGAUUUGUGGCGCCCAGUUGGGUGAUGCCGGGCAGCCGUUUAAAGUGGAUGCCAAGACGGCCAAGAAGCUGGCUAUAUUUGAUCCCACGGUGGCGGAGGCAGCGCAGAAGGAGUUACAGCGUCCUCAGCAAUCUUCGCAGGUGGCUCAGCAUCAUCCCCACAAGCUGCAGAAGAAUGCCUCACUGUCGCAUCUGGAUUUGAAGGUGCGCCAGGCGGUCACCAAGGAUGAUCUCUACAAGCUGAUCUGCAACGAGCAAUCUCCGUCAGCUGCAACGAAUUUUGUGAGCAGAGUGCCGGUCAAACAGCAGCCCAAUCCCAGCCAACAGGUGCUACCGAAGAGCAUGUCCAUGACCCAUGUGCCGGGUGGUGGUCAACCCAUGGGAGCUCCUCUGCUCCGGACCUCCAGUCGUACUCACAUACCCUGCUAUAUGAAGAAUCUUCCCUCCUUGAGCAGGAGCACCUCGAACUCUGCGAUACUCAUGACACAACCACGGAAGGAACCUCCACCCAAAGAGCCUCUUAAAGUGGCACUGCCAGUGGCUGCUGCUGCUGCUCCUCCAUCGACGGCCAGUAAACCCAGUGGCGUUUUGAAGAGCUCCAGUAGUUCCUGUGUCCCCUCGCCACGCUGUGCCGCCGCCUUCUUCCGUCGGCCGCAGGAAAACAACAAUCCCCAGCAGCUGCAACAUCAACAGCCACUUCAAAAACCCCAACAAGUGGCGCCCAUCGAGGAAGUCGGUCCCGGGGAUUCCGCUUCUCUGGAACGCAAGUCGGAGAAGAGCAACAGCACGAUAAGCACUAGCAGCUUUACGGUGACCAACUGUUGCACCACCCAUCUGCCGCAGCUCUCCAAGUUUACCUCAUCGUUCCACAUUGCACCCACCACAGCAACAACCACGGCGGCCACAGGAACAUCGCCAACCACAACAACCAGCGAUCAGCUGCAGCAGCAGCAACAAAGUGGCACAGGAGGAGCGACUGCCAACUUGGAGGUGCCAACAUCGUCAUCGUCGUCAGCGGCCACAAAGCGCCAGAAAGAUGUUGACAACAAGCUAGAAAAAUGCCUGAACGACAUGCUAAAGUUGAAGACCAGCGGCAGCAGCAACAACAACAACAGCGGCAGCACUAGUAACAUCAAUAAUAAUGCAAUCAUGUCGCAGUCGCUGACGACGGGUGAGCACAAAGACCCGAAGGCGGCAGUCGAAGGCCCCACGAGCAGCAGCACCAGCAAGUACGCGGGUGAAUCUCAGAUCCCCGUGCCAGUUCAGCUUUACGAUACGCAGAAGCCGUUGCUGCAGCAACAACAGCAGCAGCAACAAAGGAUUUGCUAUCCCAUAGGGAAAUCCAAUUCUACCUCACAGUUGCCCAUGGGUGGCUACCAGCGAUUGCUGCAGCAACAGCAACAACAUCACCAGCAGCAAUCACAUCAGGAGCAGCAGCAGCAGCAGCAGCAACAGUAUCCCCAGCACAAGCGACCCUUCCUGAACUGGAAUAGUUUUGCCUGCUCGGCCAUGAAUGGAGCCAGUGAUCCCUUCAUGCAGCAGCAACACAUGCCUGCCCAUCAGCAGCAGCAGCAGCAGCAGCAGCAGGCACACCUGCCCCACAAGCUGCAGCAGUCGUACUCCUCCUCGCAUGUCCCAAAGCAGGCGCCCAAAUCGGGACUGGCCAUGUUCCUGCAGAAGAACACCAACAAGGAGAACAAGUUUGGCCAGCCAAUGCAGCAGCAGCCGCCUGGCAUGAUGCCCCAAAUGUAUGGCUACCAGGCGCCCCAGCAGCAGUCCAAGAUUGGCUAUCCCCGCACCGCUGGGGCCCCGCUGACGCACUCUGCCUCCUUCAGCUCCGCCCAACGGCCGACGGCCCUGCAGUUCCACCAGCAACAUCAGCAGCAGCAGCAGCUACACCCCCAGCAGCAUUCCAGCUUUGGGCUGGGCAUGAUGAGUAGGAAUUACUAUAAUGUGCCCAAGCAGCCAGAGCGCAAGCCGCUGCAGACCUUCGAUCCGUAUGCCUAUCCCAAGCCGAAUCAGAUGCAGCCGGUCAAGUACCAGCAGCAGCAGCAACAACAUCAACAGCAGCAACCGCAUCCGCAUACGCAGUUUCUGAAUGCUUCCGCUGGAGGUGGUGGAGCAGGAGGAGGAGGCGGCGGCGGAGGCGGUGCCGCCGGGCUUCAAUACGAUCCAAAUACAAAUACGCAAUUGUUUUACGCGUCGCCGGCGUCAUCGUCAUCGAACAUGCAACCGCAGCAACCACAACAGCAGCAGCAAUCGCAGCUGCAACAAAGCAAUUCUGUCAUAUUCAAUCACUCAAGCCAGCAGCUACACCAACCACAUCAACAGCAGCAGCAGCAGCAGAAUGAGAUGUCCAAGUCCGCAUUGGGACUGCAUUUCAUCGAGACAGCAAAGCCCGUCAUUCAAGAUGAUGCUGAUGGUCACUUAAUUUACCACACCGGAGACAUUCUCCAUCACAGAUAUAAGAUCAUGGCCACACUGGGCGAGGGAACUUUCGGACGUGUGGUCAAGGUCAAAGACAUGGAGCGUGAUUACUGCAUGGCCUUGAAGAUUAUUAAGAACGUGGAGAAGUACCGCGAAGCUGCCAAGCUGGAGAUAAAUGCCUUGGAAAAGAUUGCCCAAAAGGAUCCGCAUUGCGAUCAUUUGUGCGUGAAAAUGAUAGACUGGUUUGAUUAUCAUGGACACAUGUGUAUAGUUUUUGAAAUGUUGGGGCUUAGUGUUUUCGAUUUUUUGCGUGAGAACAACUAUGAGCCUUAUCCGCUGGACCAAGUGCGCCACAUGGCCUAUCAAUUAUGCUACUCUGUGAAAUUUUUACAUGACAAUCGUUUAACGCACACAGAUCUCAAGCCGGAGAACAUACUCUUCGUCGAUUCAGAUUACACAUCUCACUAUAAUCAUAAGAUUAACCGCGAGGUGCGCCGCGUCAAGAAUACGGACGUCCGCCUGAUCGACUUUGGGUCGGCCACCUUCGACCACGAGCACCACAGCACAAUUGUCUCGACGCGACACUACCGCGCGCCCGAGGUCAUACUGGAGCUGGGCUGGUCACAGCCGUGUGAUGUUUGGUCCAUUGGGUGCAUCUUGUUCGAACUGUAUCUGGGUAUCACGCUCUUCCAAACGCACGACAACCGCGAACAUCUGGCCAUGAUGGAGCGAAUCUUGGGACAAAUACCAUAUCGCAUGGCACGCAAUCAUACUCUUUAUAGCAAAACCAAAACAAAGUACUUCUAUCAUGGUAAGUUGGAUUGGGAUGAGAAGUCCAGUGCGGGUCGCUACGUCCGCGAUCACUGCAAGCCGUUGUUCCUGUGCCAGCUGAGCGACAGCGAGGACCACUGUGAGCUCUUCAGUCUGAUCAAGAAGAUGCUGGAGUACGAACCCUCGUCCCGCAUCACGUUAGGUGAAGCCCUGCGUCAUCCGUUCUUCGACAGGCUGCCACCGCACCAUCGGGUGGGUGAAGUGAGCAACAAGCAGCCCCUCUCGUCCGGCAGCAGCAGCCGCGAGCGAUCACACAGCCUCUCCAGAUGAGAAUUACAGCGAUUUGGUUAUUGUUGACAGGCAGCGCUAAUCAAGCACUCACUCAUGCAAACAUACACUCAAAGCAGUCGUCCAGCAACGUCUUACACCAGCCUCGUAGAGUAGACCAGCAACUACUACGGCCAAGAAAACCACACCUACUUUAAGUGCUAAAGUCUUUUUAUUCUAAAUUUUUUGAACUUGACUUGUAUAGUUGUUUUAUUAUACAAAAAUCCAUUGAUCCAUAUUUUGAUCUAUUGUUUCCUAACUAUUGCGUGCACCUGUUGCUGUGCAUCCAUUAAGAGCUGUGUAGCGCUACGCUUGCGCUUGUGCAUUGUACCAUACCCGCCAAACAGUGUUUUGUUCUGUAAUGAUAACCAAAUCGUGUAUAAUAUUGAUAGUGCGUGGCAUCCUCCCCGGAACCACUGGAACCUAAUUGUAAAUGUCUUGCGUUGUGCACACCAACACCCCUCCCCCGAGGUAGAGGAGGCAAAUUAAACCGACUGCAAAACCGAUUAAUUUGGAAGAUACAAACGUAGUUGUAAAAUAAGAAAGUCGCCUUAGGGCGCUAGUUGGAAUGCAUCCCCAUAUGCGCACUGGCGUACACCUGUCACCGCAAUGGGAGCCGACUAAUUUGUAAUUAAUACACCAUUUCGAGAGCGUGAACUGUAAGCUAAUGCAAGCCAUUAUGUACGCCGCCCACGAAUGUACGGAUGGUUGUAAAUGUAAAGAGCAAUUGUUAUGCCGCCCUGUGUACACUUCAGCGAUCGCAGCAGCGCAUUUUGUGUAAAUUCAGUAGCAGCCCAGAGUCAUCUCUCUUAGCAUACGUUUUCAAGUGUGUAGAUCCUAUCGCCGGCAUGUUUUGUUCGCUUUUCGUUUUUUAUCGAAUUUCGAAAGAUCAACCCAUUUACACAUUGCUGCACACCACCCACAUGAACCCUAGAGUAUAUAUGAAUAUACUAUACAUACUUAAUUCAAAUGAUUGUGAGUUAGUUUAAUAUUACAUAAAUAUUAAUUAUAAAUUACAUUAUUUGCAAUUUAACCCGAUCAACCAGCAUAUAAGAUAAAAAAAAAACAAUAUUGUCAAGUUAUUAAAAAUUGAAAUAAAUCUUAAAUAAAAAAUA